ACCAAUGUGCAUUUCGCGAGUUCCGCACGCGAGCUCUUCUUUCGUACUUUUGGUAGCGCAAGGAUACAGAAUUCGCAGAAAAGCGUAAACACCUGAGAACAUAAGACCUGACUAGCAUGUGGAUGCAGGGUUAAGGACAUAUAUGAACUACGUGACUGGGGAAAAGAACAAGGUACGCUUUAAAAGCUAAAUUCUGCUGCUUUUUACCCAGCGACACAUUGAAAAUGGUUACCCUGGAGAGUUCGAGUGCAGUGUCGAGUGGUUAUUACACAGCUGUAUAUGUGUGCGUUUCUUUUCUUGUUGUGAUGCUUGUUUGUUUAUUAUUUUAUGUCCUGUGCUCCAGGCGUUACAAACUAAAUUGGUUCGAGAAAACCAGUUUAAUGGCAGCUGAAGAAAGAGGGAGAAUUAUACCAUUAGAAAUUAAGCAGGCUGGAAGCACUGAAAACGCAUUCAAAAUGACUCAGCGAAUGAGCCCCAUUUUAAGAUCUCAGAGCAACGGGAGGCUAGAAAGCCCUUCGAAACAGAGUACAGGAGAGUUCUGGGUUCCACCAAGACUUCAGAGACAACUAACUAUGUGUGACAAAGACUGUGAAAUAUGCGAAGAAAGUCUACCGGUGACAUCUAGUACACCCUUAGUUAUCAAAGUGUCACCUUUUACUCCAACCCAGACUGGACAAGAGUCAGCUGAAAAUGGCGUUUCUACCGUGUACAAGUAUGCACAGCCAUCCGUGGGGUCAUCGAUUUCUAAGCCACGGUUCACCUCGAUGUAUUCCAAACUGGACCAUAAUAAAAUCGAUGCUGCUUUGUACCAAGAAGGGAAUGGAGAUUCAUCAGACGAUUCGCCAGAGAAGGUCCGUGGAUUUAUGCAUUUCAUUCUUGGCUACGACAAAAACAUGUCAGUCCUUCAUGUUCACUCGAUUGAAGUUGUCGACCUUGUAUCGCGAGACUUCAGUGGAACUGCUGACCCUUAUGCAAAGAUAAGGUUACUGUCGGAUCCUGAGAACUUCCGUCAAACUUCUGUACAUUGCAAAACGUUGAACCCGCAGUUUAAAGAAGAUUUUAUAUUCAACGUUCCAGAGGACGAGUUGCAACAUCAGACGAUUGAAAUUCUUCUGUUUGAUUUUGACCAAUAUUCUCGACACGUGUGUUUAGGGAAUGUGCAAGUGUCGUUACAAGAUCUAGAUCUGACAGAUAAAGUGAGUUUGUGGAAAAAUAUAUCACAUUGUGAAGAAGCAGAUGAAAAGCCUGACCUCGGUGAUCUUAUGGUGUCUUUGGGUUAUCUACCGAGUGCUGAACGUCUGACUGUGGUAAUACUCAAAGCACGGAACUUGCACCCAGUGGACGGAACUAAGAAAUUUUCAGAUCCGUACGUGAAAGUUGCUCUUAUACAAGACAGAAAACGCCUAAAGAAAAAAAAGACCAACACUCAGCGUGGUACCCUGAAUCCCGUGUUUAACGAAGCUUUGACUUUCAACGUGGCCAAAGAUCAGUUGACCAACAUGACUCUGGAAAUGACGGUGAUGAACGAUAGUAUUCUGGGUCAAAACGAGGUUCUUGGUCGAGUGGUCAUUGGUCCACAAUCCAAAGGGAACGAGGCUGCACACAUGAGGGAUAUGUUGGUUUCGAAACGAGCUGUAGCAAUGUGGCACACCUUAACUGAACCUACCGUAUCCAUACCUGGAAACUAAAAAUAAAUAAAUAAAAACACUUUUCAUAAGAAACACGCCCUUAUUUAUGGAACGAGUGACCACUUCUAUCUAUUUUCAUUGUCUGCACAGGCGGCGGAGCCAAUUUGAAAGUGAUGUGGGGGUGGUGAAGAGAUUUAUAGGCCUACAUGUGCAUAUAAUAUUGACGAUUUAUAUAUUAGUAGUGUUGUUGGGAGGAAAGGGGCGAGGGCUUCCCUCCAUGUCGACAGCUUUCAAUGGGAGUUUUGCCUAGCUUACCCUGUUGCUGAGAUUGACAUACUCUGUAAAAUAGUUGGGGAAGUGACUAUAUUGUGUCAAAAACUAGGCUUACACCAGAAACAGUAUUUUAAACAGCAGAUACAGUAAGUUCUCUCAAAAAGUGGUGAAUCACUUCAUAUCCAAACAGCCAUAAAUUUAACUGAUAUUCACCUCGUCUACCAGUUCCAGUGCCACCUGCUGUUAUGAUCCCCUCUCAGUCAUUGAUUCCAUCUUUUAGUGUAAGUCUAAAUAUUUCUGUUUCAAGAAAAGUGGGAGUUAUAGCCACCACCACCCACUUCCUCCGGCUCCGUCGCCCAUGAUUUGUUCCAUACUGUUACACUGUAGAGAGACGUUUAAAAUUUAGACUUAAUAGCCAGUAAUAACUUUUUUCUUAAGUAGGAUAUAUUGUUAUUAGUAAAAAAUCACGCCACUUAAAAUACCUUUCUGGAUUAUGUAAAUCCACUGCACUCCAGCAAAUUUUUGUGUGGUUUUGUAAAGACCAUUAGAUGGCGUAGUAAAGAAGGCUAUUAUAGUGUAUAGCUUUCUGUAACAUAGUUGUUCGUCUUUGCAGUAAUUUCAUAUUUGUUACUUCAAAAUAUUUUAGUUUAGGUAAACGAUAAUACAUAAAAAAAAACUUAAGUUUAUUUCGUAAUUUGUUGUCACGUAGUCUUCCCACCAAAUAUAUGUAAUAAUUGUCAUAUAGUGUAUGAUAAUUUUGAAAACCUUGAUCGAGGGUUUUAGGCUAUACUUUAGUGUAAAGUAGAAAUAAUUUAAAAGACUUGCAAAUAAUAGGCGCAAUUAUUUUAAGUUAUCCUUUAUCUCUGAUCUUUUCAAUAAUACUAUUGUUGUUUAGAGUGCAGUGUGCAAAAGCAUUUAAAAUUGUGUAACAA